CCGAAGACGACUCCAUUGGGUUUGGCUAACGCUCAAUGGGAGCAUCAGUGCGAAAAUGGUUGACUCGCCGAAGACAUCACAACAUCUGCAGCAGCUUCUCCUGCUCACCGGGUUCCUGAGCUCCAUCUGGCUGGGCGGAGUUGUUGCCAAGGAUGCUGCCAGUGAUGCGGACACCAGAUGGAUGGCUCCGCUCAAGCAGUACGGAUACACAGCCAAGCAUCUGAAGAAUAAGGUGGAGCACGGCGAGUUCACCACCUUCGAGCUGGGCACUCCCAACUACAAGAUCCUCAAUCCAGAGGAUGAGCCGGAGUACAUCACUGCAGAUCAGCCGCAUUAUCAGGAGAUGCUCAGGCGUCUGACCAGCGGCCAAAGUGGCACGGAAACCAUCGAUGUGGACAUGGCAGUGCGCCAACGAUUGAAUCAGAAGCAGGAGAAGCCUCAGCAAGUUCCUCUUAGAAUUCCUCCUAGAACUAAAGAGGCAGUGAAUCAUCGGACACCACAAUUACGACCCAGUCGCUGGGAUAAACUCAACAAGAAACGCAGCUCCUUGGACACCAGACAGAAGCGCAAGGAUACCAGGAAGUCUCAUGUUCCGGAUGAACUUAGUCUGCUGCCCAACUUUGAGGUCUAUUCCGGGGCCAGACCCUUCCAGAACAGAGUUGCCAAUCUGAAUUGACCCUCACUUUGCUAUCCGGUAUUUAUUUAUUGUUUUAUUAAAACGCAUCAAGUGAAUAAAUAUUUAUUGAAUACAUAUAAGUUAAGUGUUUGAGGGAUUAUAA